CGUAUAUUUAUUGGGCAAAAGUACUUACAACUUGUUUACUCAGUUGUCAGAUAUAGCCGUUACGCUCCCCCAGUUUCUAAAAUCUUUCAAUAGAUUAUUCAGUGACAACCAGUUUCUUUUGUCUUAAUCAUCGUAACAUUUCACCGUUUCGGUGAGACCCAGUUUCUUUCAAACUUUCUUUUUCUGUUUUGUUUUUUUCUUCUUCAAAUUAUAGAAACACAAUUUAGUUACCAAAUUCAACCAAUCUUUCUAGUAUUCCGACUCUUUUUUCCAUAAUCCAUCUUUCUAAAUCUCUCUAUUGACAUCUUUUUUUUUUCUUUUCUGAAUCUCUCUAUUCACAUCCUUUUAUAUUUGGUUUUGUUUAGAGAAAUUGUUGUUUUGUGGUUACUUUUCUGGGGAAUCAUCUUGUUCUCUUGUAAUCUUAUACCAGUACCGCUUAUUCUCCUCUCUCUCUCUCUCACAGAGAAUAACGUUAACUUUUGUCGAUUCCGUCCGUCUAUAGGUAUAAAGUUUAAACCUUUUGAUACACCCUUUAUAUACAGAUUCGCUUUCAGGAUAUAUAUAUAUACACACACAUACUUAUAUUUAUUGGGAUUUUCAUCCCAGUAAGUUCACAUAUUUUUUCCAUCACGAUCUCUGUUUUCUCGGGAAAAAGUCGCUCGUUUUUCGCUUAUACCCCAAACCCACCUUCAAAAACCGUUGCCUUCCUAAAAUAUAUAUAUAUAUAUUUUGGCUGGAAAAUACAUAUACUUGAGCCAAAAUAAGAAUAAACCAUUCCCUAUCUCUUUUUCCUAGAAAAGCCCAUUAUUUUCUUGGAAAAUCUUUUCCGAUCUAUCAUAGAAAUAUUUGAUUUUUCUCUUGCAAACUACAUUGGGGAUUUGAUUUUCUUGUUGGGUUUCAUCAGAACAUGUCAAAAAUGUGGUUUUCCACAAAUUUAUUGUUUCUGGGGAUUUUUGGGUUUGUGUCUGUUGUUGAGGGUCUUGGUGUGAACUGGGGAACUAUGGCAAGCCACAAGUUACCUCCUGAAACUGUGGUUCAGAUGUUGAAAGACAAUGGGAUUUCUAAGGUGAAGCUGUUUGAUGCUGAUGAGUCCACCAUGAGUGCUCUGUCUGGAAGUGGUAUUGAGGUUAUGGUUGCUAUUCCGAAUGAUCAGCUCGCUGCCAUGACCAACUAUGAUCGAGCUAAGAAGUGGGUGCGGAGCAAUGUCACACGAUACAAUUUCAAGGGUGGUGUUACAAUCAAAUAUGUAGCAGUUGGGAAUGAACCUUUUCUCAAGUCCUACAACAACUCAUUCUUGAACCUCACCUUCCCAGCCCUUCAGAACAUCCAAAAUGCCCUCAAUGAUGCUGGACUUGGGGACUCCAUAAAGGCAACCGUGCCCUUAAAUGCUGAUGUCUACAAUUCUCCAGAAGACAAUCCUGUCCCGUCUGCUGGAAGGUUCAGGUCAGAUAUCAAUGGACUCAUGACUGAGAUUGUCCAGUUUUUGAACCAGAACAAGGCCCCUUUUACUGUAAAUAUAUACCCUUUUCUAAGUCUCUAUGGCAAUGACAACUUCCCUUUGGACUAUGCCUUUUUUGAUGGGGCACCCAACCCCAUUGUGGAUAAUGGGAUUCAAUACACCAAUGUCUUUGAUGCCAACUUUGAUACCUUGGUUUCGGCCUUGAAAGCAGCAGGGUUUGGCGACAUGACCAUUUUAGUAGGGGAGGUGGGGUGGCCAACGGAUGGUGACAAGAAUGCCAAUUCAAAUUUUGCUUUUAGGUUCUAUAAUGGGCUUUUGACAAGACUUGCAGCCAAUAAAGGGACCCCUCUUCGGUCUGGAUACAUAGAAGUCUACUUGUUUGGUCUUAUUGAUGAGGAUGCCAAGAGCGUUGCUCCUGGAAGUUUUGAGCGCCACUGGGGAAUCUUUAGGUAUGAUGGGCAACCCAAAUUCCCUUUCUCUACUGAUUUUUCAGGUCAGCUUCAAAACAACAAGUAUCUUGUUCCUGCACAGAAUGUGGAAUAUCUUCCGACGAAAUGGUGCACAUUUAAUCCAAAUGCCAAGGAUUUGAGUAAACUUGCAGACAAUAUCAACUAUGCUUGCACAUUUGCUGAUUGCACGGCACUCGGUUAUGGAUCUUCUUGCAACAGCUUGGAUGCUAAUGGAAAUGCUUCGUAUGCGUUUAACAUGUACUUCCAAGUCCAGAAUCAAAAGGACAUGAGUUGUGAAUUCGAAGGUCUGGCCAUGGUGACUGAACAGAACAUAUCACAAGGGAAUUGCAAUUUUACCAUUCAGACAGCUUUCUCCACCUCUUCUUCUCCUCUACGGCUCUCACCGGUGGCUUUGGCACUUUUGUCCGUCGCUUUAAGCUUCUUUCUGUAGAUACCUCAGGUCACAAUUUUUAUGUUUAUUUUAGUUUCUUGUUUGUUGAGAGAAUAUUGUGGGUCAUUUUUUCCUCACAUAGUUUUUUAAUAAAAUCUCACUGAAUCAUAA